AUGAACAAUUACUUUGGUGGUGGUGAUAGACAAUAUUUUAUGGGAUUACCAAUUCCAGGAAAAUAUUCAUGUUGGUUAGAAUUGAUAGCAAUACAAAUGAUAACACCAAAUGCUAGUUUUAUUGGACAUUUAAGUGGUAUUAUUGUUGGGUUUAUUUAUAUGGAAACUGGAAUCUUAAGAAGUAUUGUUUCUAGUUUAGAAACUUUUCUUUCUGGAUUAUUACCAAGAUUUGAAGAAACUGGUAAUUACAGAAAUCAUAGAGGAAAUUAUGAUAGAAGUAGAGAUUAUGGAAGUGAAAGAGGUUAUGGAUGGAGACAUGAUAUCUAUUCUUAA